AAACGUCACUCUUCUUCCGUCUCUGACGAGGGCCAACCUUUUUGUCCACCAAGACGCAUGUGCCGACCCUCUCAGCGCUUGCCCACAGUCACAAUCAGAUCUCUGGACAGGACUGGCAGGUACGUGGUCCUGGAUGAACAGUACCGUAUUCGACGCCUCGUCAUGGGACGCAUCUCUGGCCCCGUUGAACUUGUCAGGUCAAGCAAGUUACAUCAGCGAUAGGGUGACUCUCGAUGGUCCUGGCGAUGGCAACCCAUAUCUCGACUUCACUGCCAAUGCCAUUGACCAAAAUAUCAAUGUUAACUUCCCAUCGUCUGGACCAUGGUACACUCUAGAUACGGGGUUUCUUUCCUUGUAUGGUGCAGGAGACCAUGUCGAUUAUCGCUCGGUCAAUGGGAGUGAUGUGUCGCUGAACACAACUUUACCCUUGGCAUAUGCACAAGACGCUAUCCCAUCGAACUUCUACAGCCUUCACGUAGGCUCGGCUUCAACAUCAGUCGCGGUCCCUGGAAGUCUCGUCCUCGGAGGAUACGACAAGUCGCGUUGUCUCACCGAGCCACUUAUAUCGGACACAGACACCUUCACCCUGACUGAUAUUGAGAUAGGAGUUGCUAGUGGAAACUCACCUUUCUCCGCAGACGAGCAACUACCAGUGACCGAUCUCCUUCAGACUGGUGCAGGCGGUAUACUAAAUGUCUACCCCAACCCAGGAGUGCCAUAUCUCCAUUUACCUCGAGAGACAUGCCGAGCAAUAACGAAGCAUCUGCCAGUGACACUCAAUGAGACACUUGGUCUUUAUAUCUGGGACAUCGAAGCAGAGUCAUACCAGAAUAUUAUGACUUCGCCCUCGUAUAUCUCCUUCAGCUUCCAAACCAGCUCAUCGAAAAGCACCAUAUAUCUACCGUUCGCCCUAUUGAAUCUCACUCUUGAAUGGCCGCUCGUGGAUUACCCAACACAACAUUUUCCGUGUUCGCCAUAUGAGUCUUCUGAUGGUAGAUAUCACCUCGGUCGCGCAUUUCUUCAAGGAGCUUUCAUGGCACAGAACUGGCAGACUGGCAAGUUGAUGCUCGCUCAAGCGCCAGGGCCAGACUCGGCAGGUGCUUCUUUGGCAACCAUCUCAGCCAACUCUAGCUCAGUCUCCCCGAUGAUCAAAGCACCAUCCUGGGACACAACUUGGGCUUCAAAGUUGAAACCUUUGACCAGGGGGAACUCUUCUACCCCAACUGAGAGCAAAGACAACACUGUUGACGCUUCUGGUCAUCUAUCUUCAGGAGUAUUAGCAGGCAUAGUUGUUGGGGUUGUAGUUCUGAUAGUUCUCGUCGGGCUGUGCUGGGCUUGGUUUCAACGAUUCAGAAAGUCAUCGUCCCAGGCCAAUGACGAGAUGGGGGUAACGAAGGACGCUGAGAUAUACGAGUCUGAUUCUACGACAUCAUCACUACCCUCAGAGGUCUGGGCGCCUGGAAAGUAUGGAUUGACCAGGAGUCCGGUAGAAAUGGACGCUGCACAUGUCAAUGAGCUCCAGGGGACACCCGCACAAGUUUACAAACAGGAUCCACGGUAGUGGUGAAGAUAUUUCCCGUCUCGGAGUUCUCCAAGUUCGAUCUCUGUAUGUUCAUUUUAUCUCAACGGAUCAAGUUGGCUGAUAGCUCAGUUGACCGUUACUCACACUAUCCUCUUGGACAGCAAGCUGGAGAUCUGAUUACUCAAUAUUCCAUCAUUGUGCGGGGCUUAGAUCACCGAUGUAUCGGCUUCAGCCUCCCCUUCAAACUUUGGUGACCGCGAUCUAAGACUGGUGACGGCUGUUUUGCAAAGAUUAGCUUGCGUCUUAUCGUUUUAGCGGCUCUUGUGGCAGAGAUAUACAUGCGCAGAAACGUGCGGACAGCAGCGAUUGAACUUGGGUCUUGGAUAGGGUCAGAAGAAUGUAGUGACGUCGGCUAAAG